AUGACAUCGGAGACUUGCAUUGCGGAAGGAGACACAUCCGGCACGGAAUCAUUGGGGCUCUUGACCUCCGACAUCGGCGACACCUUCUCGUCGGCCCGCUGCCCUUCGCUGCGGGAACUCCGUUUCUUCAACGCUCAAGGGGUGUCCAAUCUUAGCAUCUAUUCAGAAUCUCUCGUCCAUAUAUAUUUGAAAAAUCUGAAAGGGUUACAGCAGCUUACCGUUGCGUCGCCAAUGCUGAGAGAUCUGUCUAUCUCUAAUUGCUUCUUCGAGAGGCAACCAGUGGCUGACAUCACUGCUCCGGUUCUGGAAAAGUUCAUAUGGCUUGAUGAAUAUGAUCCGAGGUCGGUCCAGCUUGGCAAAUUGGCACAGCUACGGCGCUUUAGGAAGAUCCCUGCUCUUGUCAUUAUGAUCGACUAUCCAACUAAGAUGGUUUACUGCCAGAACUGGAUGGAAGCCCUGACCUCGCUGCCGGUUGAGAUAUUAGACCUGGUCCUACUACCAUGUGGACAUGCAAUUGGCUCUUGUGUAUUCCAUUUCCUUAAGAUUUCUACUUUUAUAAGAUGUCUGUUUCUGGAUAUACGUGAAGCCAUUAAGAUGAUAUAG